CUUCAUUCCAAUUGGCAAUUUGACAAUUUCCUUCUCUCUCUAACUUUAUUUAUCUUUCUAUCAAGAAACAACAAUGAAGAAAGUGGUGCUGAAAUUGAAUAUGCAUGAUGGGAAAUGCAAGCAAAAGGCAAUGAAAGUGGCCUCUACAACUUCUGGUGUAGAUUCCAUCUCAAUUGACAUGAAAGAAAAGACAUUGACAUUAACAGGGGACAUAGAUGCUGUUGCAAUUGUUACCAAAUUGAGGAAAAUUUAUCAAACAGAAAUUGUGUCAGUUGGCACAACUAAAGAGCCUGAAAAGAAAAAAGAAGAGCCCAAAAAAGAAGAGCCCAAGAAAAAGAAAGAAGAGCCCAAAAAAGAUGUGUCCAAAAAUCAGGCCCAAGUUGGUAACCCUGUAAUUUUGUAUUACAAUCCUCCUCCUUAUGGUAAUCAUAUAAAUGUACACUCUUACCAUGGUGAUUACAUGGAAGAAGAUUCCAAUGCUUGUGUUAUAUGUUAAUUGUAAGUGAGACGGGUCUAUAUAAUUAGUCUAUUUCUUAAAUUUAUUAUAAAAUUAUAAGUAAUUUUUUUUAAUAGGCUAAAUGUGCAUUAGCCAGUCCAAUAUAGACGGUCUCAACAUUAGAACGUGUUAUUUAAGAAUUUGUGUAAGGAGAAUAAUUAUGAUGUUUAGUGAUUUUUUAAUACGAGAUGAUUUUUUAAUCUAACAAUU